UGCUAAACUAUACACUUGACGAACGUAUUACGUCCUAUUCUAGUAUUAAUCCCAGUCUUCUGGAAGAGUAGAGAAGGGUUGCUGUAAUCGCGGAUUUGUAUUUAUCUUGUGCAAAAUGCAGGGACUGUCAUUUUCAAGCCUGAAGAAAAAUCCAUCAUUAAUUCCCUUGUACAUAUGCUUGGGAGCAGGGGUAGCGGGAGCGAUCUUUUACACGCUUCGACUCGCUACCAGAAACCCUGAAGUUACGUGGAAUAAGAGAUCCAAUCCCGAACCUUGGAAUGAUUACUCCAACAAGCAGUACAAGUUUUACUCGCCAGUAAGGGAUUACUCGAAGAUUGAAAGCCCUGCACCGAAGUACCAGGAAUAAUAAUCUCUUGUAAAAGUCCUAGUUAAGUGAUACUGUGUAUCUUGAAUGCAGUGUGUAGAAAAUGAUCUGAUACAGUGAAUCUCACACGUAGAGGUUCCAGUAGGUCUGAAAUCUUUAUUAAGCAUGUAAAAAUAUUUAUAAUUUUUCUCAGUGAUGAGUUUUGAAUAUUAUGACGACAAAUAAAUGUGUGUUACUGAGCUGACCAUUCCAAUAAGUA